CCAAUCGCCAGUCGCCGCGGUCAUCGGAUGGCGGUCUCAUCCUCGUACUUGAUGGCGGUAUUCGCCCAGGACAGCAAUAGCAGUGGCAGUGCCACCGGGAGCGGAUGCAGUGGCGCAGCCGCCGACUCCGAGGACUCACAGAUGGGCCUGGAAACCCUGGGGAACCAGGGUAGCCACGGCAAUCACGGGAGUCACAGGCGGCGGCCGCCGCGCCAGAAGAUCAACGCUAGGGAGCGCUACAGGACAUUCAAUGUAAAUUCCGCCUACGAAGCCUUGAGAAACUUAAUACCCACAGAACCCAUGAACCGCAAGCUGUCAAAAAUCGAGAUCAUUCGCCUGGCUAGCAGCUAUAUAACGCAUCUCAGUAGCACCCUAGAAACAGGAACCGAAUGCCAGCCAUGUUUGCUACACAAAUACGAGAACGAGGGAAUCGCCAGGCGAAUCAGCAUUUGCACCUUCUGCCUAAAAACCAAAUGAAAUUGUUGAUAUCCUGACUAUUUAUUCAUAAUUGUACACUUUUUUGUCGUAUCUACUGCAUUUAAAGUCUUUAUUGAAAACCAACUUUGAAUUGUGCGCCCAACAUCAGCGCCAUCUAUGGAAAUUUUCUGCAACAAGAUGUAAGCUGCUUGCAAAAACUGAACUGCUUUCCUACAGUUUUAGUACACCUGUGUCAUUUCGAUCUCUUAAUAUUUAUUAAAAUUUAAAUAGUGUAAGCAAAAUUAAUUUUAAAAAACCUGAAAAAGAAACGUACAACUCUUUGGUU